GUAUUAGUAGAACACAAACACUCCCGCAAUUGCUGCACUGUGUCAAAUUAUGUCGUUCAUAUUAUAACGCUGCAAAAAGCCUCCCUGCCACUUGAAUUGGACCGUAAACGCAUCACCGUGUUUAUUGGCCGUCCAUUGGUCCAUCCUGGUCCAACUCUGGUCCAAUCACAGCGCAACGGGGCAGAAGCGUGCGCCCCACCUUGUUUCGGUCACGUGACGUCAGCUUACGAAGAUGGUGGAAGUUUCUUCUUCCUUGAAGUGAAGCCCCGACUGAAACCUAAACAUCCUGCAGACCGAGGGCUGGGAGUUCACUGCGGCGUUACCAGUUCGAUUUCACAGCUCCCCUCCUGAUCCCGGCCUUCCUCCCAGCCCUAUGUCAUGGCCAGUGGAGUCACCAAGUCGGGCACUUCCAACGGAUACCCCAUGAAGGCACAGCUACAAAUUAUUGUGCUGUCAGCAAAACUGAAAGAGAACAAGAAAAACUGGUUUGGUCCCAGUCCCUAUGUGGAAGUGACGGUCGACGGCCAGUCCAAGAAAACUGAGAAAUGCAACAACACCCACAGCCCCAAAUGGAAGCAGCCGCUCACUGUGAUUGUGACUCCAUUCAGCAAACUGGUGUUUCGCGUGUGGAGCCACCAGACCCUGAAGUCAGAUGUGUUGUUGGGUAUGGCCACGCUGGACGUCAGUGACACGCUCAAGUCUAAUGACAUGAAAAUCUCUGAGGUGGUGCAGACCUUACAGCUGUGUGCGGACAGAGACCAGUCAGAUGUGGUGGGAGAUUUGUCUGUCUGCCUGGACGGCAUGACAGUCGACCCAGAGAUGUUCGCCACAGCCGAGGCUGAGAAUCACAGUAAAUCAAAUGGGGAAUCACAACCAAAUGGGGAUCAUGUCUUAAGGCGGAGUCGAGACAACUCUCCAGCUGUGGACGGUGUAGAGCACAGGUCUUCUCCCAGUGGCCAGAAGUCAACGAACAGCACAGGGUCUCCCUCGGUGUCAUCUAGGCCUCUCCGACCACCCAGACCAUCCAGACCUCCUCCUCCAACCCCCCGCAGACCCACCUCUUCACCAGCAUCUUCCAGCAACGGUUCUGCACCAGCUGAUGGCAGCGAUGGUCAGUCAGGCUCUGAUACACCGGUGCGAACGCCUGCCUCAGGACCCUCCCCAGCCCCAGACUCAAGUCCAUCGACUGGCUCAGACAGGAAUUCCACCUCAGCCUCUGCACCGGCCUCGGCCUCAGCCUCAGCCUCAGUCUCAGCCUCAGCCUCAGCCUCUUCCUCAGCUUCCAACUCCGCCUCUGGAGCUGCAGCAACCAGACAGCCAACCGGCAGCAUCACCCCUGCUGUCACUCCCAGGGUCCCUGCUGUCAACGCUGGACCAUUGCCGCCUGGAUGGGAGCAGAGGGUGGAUCAGAACGGCAGGGUGUAUUUUGUCGACCAUGUGGAAAAGAGAACAACGUGGGAGCGCCCCGAGCCACUGCCUGCUGGCUGGGAGCGUCGUGUCGACCAGAUGGGGCGGGUCUACUUUGUCGACCACAUUACGCGAACCACCACGUGGCAGCGCCCCACAAUGGAGACGGUGCGGAACUACGAGCAGUGGCAGCACCAGCGCAGCCAACUCCAGGGCGCCAUGCAGCAGUUCAACCAGAGGUUCAUAUUUGGGGUACAAGACCAGCCCGCAGCCACUCAGAAUAAGGAGUUUGAUCCUCUAGGUCCUCUUCCGCAUGGAUGGGAGAAAAGAACGGACACAAAUGGCAGAGUUUAUUUUGUGCACCACCCCACAAGGACAACACAGUGGGAGGACCCACGAACACAAGGGUUGCUGAAUGAGAAGCCACUUCCAGAGGGCUGGGAGAUGAGGUUCACUGUAGAUGGUAUCCCUUACUUCGUAGAUCACAACCGGAGAACGACCACCUACAUCGACCCUCGCACUGGAAAAUCCUCACUUGAAAACGGACCUCAGAUCACCUACGUUCGAGACUUCAAGGCCAAAGUACAGUACUUCAGAUUUUGGUGCCAGCAACUGUCGAUGCCUCAACACAUCAAGAUCACCGUAUCCAGAAAAACCCUCUUUGAGGACUCCUUCCAACAGAUAAUGAGCUUCAACGCUCAAGAUCUGCGAAGGAGACUGUGGAUCAUCUUCCCUGGAGAAGAAGGCCUCGACUACGGAGGUGUUGCCAGGGAGUGGUUCUUCCUGCUGUCCCACGAAGUUUUGAACCCCAUGUACUGCCUGUUCGAAUAUGCUGGUAAAGAUAACUACUGUCUCCAGAUCAACCCGGCCUCUUACAUCAACCCCGACCAUCUCAAGUAUUUCAAGUUCAUUGGACGCUUCAUCGCCAUGGCUCUUUUCCACGGAAAGUUCAUCGACACUGGUUUCUCACUGCCGUUUUACAAGCGUAUCCUGAACAAGCCGUUGGCCCUCAAAGACCUGGAGUCGAUAGAUCCAGAGUUCUACAACUCCCUCAUGUGGAUCAAGGAUAACGACAUCGAGGAGUGUUGUCUGGAGAUGUUCUUCUCUGUUGACAAAGAGAUCCUGGGGGAAAUCUCCACUCAUGAGCUGAAACCAGGAGGAGGAGACAUCCAAGUCACUGAGGAGAACAAGGAGGAGUACAUCAGGCUGGUAGCAGAGUGGAGGCUGUCCAGAGGCGUGGAGGAGCAGACGCAGGCUUUCUUUGAAGGCUUCAACGAGGUCCUCCCACAGCAGUACCUGCAGUACUUUGACGCUAAAGAGCUCGAGGUGAUGCUGUGUGGCAUGCAGGAGAUCGACCUCACAGACUGGCAGAGAAACACCAUCUACAGACACUACGCUCGCAGCAGCAAACAGAUCGUCUGGUUCUGGCAGUUUAUAAAGGAGAUGGACAAUGAGAAGAGGAUGAGGCUGCUGCAGUUUGUCACCGGCACCUGUCGUCUGCCUGUUGGAGGCUUUGCUGACCUCAUGGGAAGCAAUGGUCCCCAGAAGUUCUGCAUUGAGAAGGUGGGAAAAGAAAACUGGCUUCCCAGAAGUCACACAUGCUUCAACCGACUGGACUUGCCACCGUACAAAAGCUACGAGCAACUGAAGGAGAAGCUGAUGUUUGCCAUCGAGGAGACGGAAGGCUUCGGACAGGAGUGAGAGCAACCUGGUCGAAGAAGUGGGUGCAGGAGUCUGAAGGAAUAAAAGACCGCCAGUGUUCAAAUCAGGGAGCCUCUUUUGAAAAAAAAAAAAACAACAAAGGGGGCAAGUGUUUUGUGUGAUUGUGCUCUUGCAUGCAUGCACACACCUUGCGUGGUACUUGUGCUGGUGUGUGUGUGAGAGCCUGCAUGUUGCUGCAGAGACGCUGGGAUGCGCGAAAAUUUUGUAUUCUUUCAAACCAAAACAGGGAAGCUGCUCCUGUCUCUUAGAAUGUGCAGCAAAAUAUGCAUGGGAUCCUGAAAACUCCCCCUCUGACAUCUGCAGUAGUGUUUUCUUCCCUGCACGUGAUCAUGUAAUCGCAGGCAACGAGGUGGCCUCGGGAUUACAGUCAUCUCUUAACCAGAAGGGCCACAGGUUCUAACAGUGGUGUCCUUCUCAAUCUGUCCUUAUCAACCUGAUUUGUUCUUAAGUCGCUCUUGCAUUAAAGCGUCAUAAAUGUCAAAGUAUUACGUUUUAAAGCGACAUGUUAGAGGGUUUGUUUUUUUUCCUUAAACAGGGUUAAUUUUAACCAAAAAUGCAAACUUUGUUGCUCUACGAUUGUUCGUUUCACUAGAAUGAGCUGCAUCCGUUUUCCUCAUCAUGUUUUCAAAUCUCUCACACUUUGGUCUGCAUCUCUACUGGGGACUUAGAUGGAUCCUUUUUGAAGUGAACGGUAACACUUGGCAAUAUAAGAUGAUAGCUUUGCUUCCAAAUUAACCCUUAAAUAGCAGGCAGUCUUGGUGCUUUAAGAGACAUGUGGAAGACGUGGCUAAUAUAAGUAACGAGAGAGAUACACGUUUGUGUAAGUAUUGAUCUGUGAAUCACUUAAUGAUUGUGAAAAGUGUUGUAACCUCCAUUAUUUAUAGCGUCGGGAAAUGUGGAAGAUUUAAAAAAGAAAAAAAAAAACAGAACUUUAACCGACCCUAGUUUUAUAGGGCUGGAGUUUGUGCACUGUGACGUGAGAUUGGGCGUAUAAGAGUAUUGUUGGAGAAGUUAAUCAUCUCGUUAAUCAGCCUCUUUCUCUCAGCUCACGGUCUUUUUAAAAACAGGAUAUUGACGAUGAAGUUAAGUAUUUUUUAAGGUGGUGUUCAGCAGAUUCAGUACUUAAGAUGUGCUUGAUCUAAUGUGUGAAAAACACCAAAUUGCAAGUUAAACCAAAUCCACUUUCGUAAGUUUAGGUAAAAAAAAAAAAAAAAAAAAAUCUUAAAUGACAUUUUGAAUGCAAACUCCAAAAGAAAUCGCAUGUAGCUCCUCACACACAUGUAGCAUUCAAGGGAGUGAACUCUUGUCUUGCCUCGCAACAAACCACAAGAUUAGUACGAAAAAUGCAGUUUUUCUAUUCACUUGAAGAUCUGUCAAAAAAAGAGUAUUUCCACUUAGUGACGGUCACAUUUCAUCUGAUUGAUUGACUCGUUUACAGUUUUAUGGACAAAGAUCCCGCUUUAAAUUACAUUUUCUAACACGCGAUGAAAUAACACGAGGCUGUGUUUUCCUUUUUUCUUUCUUUUUUUUUUUUAAGGAUGUGCUCAAGACAAGUUAAGAUUGCCUUUGUGGUGUUGUUUAUGAAUUUCCAAGAACGGCUUUUAAUUUUUGUGAGCAUAAAGACGCCUCUAAAAUGCUUUUACCAAUGUGGAAUCUGCAUCACGCGUGCAAAGAAGACAUCUUUCUAUUGCAAUCUUCUGUUUGGUUUGGGUGACUCGACAUCUGAUCAACAAUAAUCGAGGGUGAUUAAUCUCAUUUGUCCGUUUGAAAUAUAAACACCAGGUAUAGUGUGGUUGCUCAUCUUGGAGUGUCCUUUCGAAUGAAUGAAUUACACACUUAAAAGACAGGCGUGGUUACUGAGGAGCAGUGGGGGUUCAGGUGUGUUUAGUCUGACAAAGCACGGCACUUUUGGAAAAAAAAAAAAAAAUCCCUCCACUUUGUUGCAGCAUGUGGGGCAUCCGGUCCUCGUUUCUGGUAACUCUAGGCUCUGUGCUUCCACAUGCGCGGUGAGGUGGUCUUAAGUGUUUGUCACUAGCCUUCAGGUAGCCUUAUCUCCACCUUCGUAACGCUCUGGAGUCUGGUCAGUCCUCGCUGACCCUGGUGUGGAGGACGCAACCGGACCAGGAGGAGGCUGAAGAGUUCUUUUUGAAGAAACUGCUCCAGUGUUGAGAAAAGCUGCGACGCUUAAGCUGAUGACUCGUGGUCUGUUUCAACGGCUCAUUGGUCCUUCAGCUGAGACAACAACUACUGAGACAAAGUCAGUGUAAUAUAAUGAAUGUAUCAUGGUGAAAAGUUGACCGGUAGAGUUGCCUAUAUACAUUUUUGCCUCAGAUGGUUCCUCCUGAUGCAGUGUGUUUGUUUUUUUAAAUCUUGUUCUGGGUCGAUCACAUAUUAAAAAUCCUGGGGACACGGUAGUUAAGCAAUUAUGUAAAUAUCAUAAUGCACUGCUUUUCUUUUCCUCCAGAUUUUUUCCAUGUACAACUAAACCACUGUCAUUCUCCUGUAUAUGAAAACAAGUUGUAAAUGGUGUCAAUAACAGAUUUUCUUUUGUAAAAGAAAGGUUUUAAUAAGAGUUUUAUGGUAACACUAUAUUUUCUUUUCCCUGGUUAAUUUCUGAUGUACAUGAAAGAUGUGUAAUAUAGAAAUUGUCACCUUAAUAAAUUAAAUUAAAAAUG